AUUGUUCAAGUAAUUCUGGAUCAAGCUUCAGCGCUACAACGUUUACUCCAGGCUCAUCUCUCCGAGGAGAAUUCAUGGUGCCUUCGGGUUGUGGCCGGGCCCCCACACCGUCAUCGGCCGCGCGCGUGGAGAAGGCGUUUGUACGGCUCGCACAGCUGCAGCGAAGAACCAGAGAACAUGCAUCCUCGCAGUGUGUACAAGGGCGUACUCUGGCUCAUCGGCUACCACGAGGAGUACGAGUUGGAGGAGCAAGCCAUCAGGGAAAGGACGGAGCGCGAAAUUAGCCAUUUCAGCGCGGCAUGGUUGCAGUCGAACGUUCACCUGUUGUUUGUGGCCACGCUAUGCGUGCGGAUUGGCUCCAUGCAGGGCGUGUGGAUGUGUGCUGUCUCCCGCGGCAAGCGGGGCAAAAUCACACUUGGCGAGCAAGUCACCGUUGAAGUUCCGCUUGCAGAAUUAUUCCGCGGGCAUAUGAUGGAACUCUUCACGGCCGCGUUCAACAUCUAAGUGCUCAUUGCCGAUUGUUUUUUUUUGACGG